UCUGAAAAGCAAUAGUAGAGGUGUAAAUGGAUUAUUUUCACCUUUGAUAUUUAUUGGUAAAGCUGUCUACGUCACCUCAAACAAUCUAUAUUACGUCAUCCUUAGAACUAUAAUCCUUCGGUUUGUAUAUACCAGUGGGUAUACACGAAAGUAAGCAUAUUAUAGGCGUCUUCACAUGUCCAACAUGUCAUUUUUUUUUUUUGUCAUUUUUUUGCUUGCAGCAAGUUAUACCAUCCCCUUUCAGCUAUGACUGUAGGCACCUCUGCUGUAAGCAGACAGAUUCAUGCUGUUCCUAUUCUCUUCAGGAACAAAAGGCCUUUGGAGGACCUAACAAUUGUGAACUAGAAUGAAAUAAAUCAUAACGUGCUAAAAUUAAAAGGAAGGGGAAAUGAGGAAGGAAAUGAGGAAGAAAAUGAGGAGAAUCUGGAUCACAUAAUAAAAUGAAUGGCAAGCAGGCAGGCAGCAGGACCCGGCUGAAGCCGGGGCUCUGGAUCCCUGACUCAUCACAUGCUGCUGGAAACCACCAGAGGAACACAGUGGAAACAGGAUGAGAUCACUGUCCUGUACACAUUCAGCUGUUUGAAAGAGUGCUUGGGCACAAUCAGCUUAGCAUCAGUGAAGUGGAAAGGAUUCAUAUCACACUGAGCCAGAGAGCAUGCCAACAACAUCCCAGAAGCAUGAGGAAUCACACCUUGAGCAUAAGGAAUCAUACCUUGAGCUGGCAGGGCUUUUGUUUCCUGAAAAUCAAAACCUUUUACUGUAUGUAACCUUUGCUUUCUCUAACCUUAAGAAAGAUAAAGGAUUUAUUCUCUUGACAGAGCUACAAGGUAAGUGUAUGAAAAAGCAAUGUACUGUGCAAAAUAGUGUGGAAAAGAAUUGUGAAGAGAACUGGCUUGUAGUUCAAUACUAACACUAAAAGCUGGCUAGAGGAGUGUUGAAAUCAUUAUGCUUUUCCACAGUGAUCUUGGGGAAGGUGUGUUUAGUGAAACACAGCUGGAUUUGCAGUUAGCAGAUAAUGCAGAAACUACAAAAGGCAAAAAUGGCACAAAUGUAUCUUUCAAGAAGAAAAAUCUAGCUAGCCUCCUACACAUCAUUAUUUGUAGCUAUAACUGUGGGAUGUGGGCACCGAGAGCAAGAAGAUAUUUAUCUUGGUAAAAACACAAAGUAAUGCAUAACAGUGGCUCAGAUUUGCAAUAAAAGAGUUGAGAAAGCAAAAGCACCACCAAAGAAACCGGUAAUCCUACUCAUCCAUUGUUUGGCUCCGUUGCAAUGUAACAUGCAUGCACUGAAGUCAAAAUCAUUUUUCCUUUGCGGCUGGUGAUGGGUUAAAAGAAAGUGGUACAGAGAGAGAGCAUGGCUGCAUGAGUGGAGCAGACCCUGCAGGCUGCUGCCUGCUGCUCCGAGGCAGUCUGUUAUCCCAGGCAUCCUGCAGGAGUUCACAUGGCACACUGAAUGUCAGGGGGCUGCCUGUAGCUACUUGAUGUUUGGCAGUGAAAAAUCAGCAGGGACUUUGUGGCAUUAGGAAGGGAUGUGAUUAGGAAUGCUGGAGAAAGAAACAGUGAAGGAAGAGGGGCUACGUAUCAGGGAAGAAAACACAGUGGGAGUUGUGUGUAAGUGACAUGGGUAAAGAUGCGUUUGUUAUAGAUAAUUUUGCUAUUCUCUAUGAAUUCCCAAAUGUGAUUUAGUAUGCAUGCAAAGAUCCUAUAUUUCUCUUGAAUGGGAUAAGAAAUAAAUGACAGUGGCUUAAAACAUCCUCACGCUGAUACAGACUGCACAGUCAUAAUAGUCAUUUAAAAACUGGAUGCCACUAAUUGAAAAAAAGUAGGCCAACAGAAAAGUAUGUCUAGAACAGACCUUUCAUUUCCGCAGCUUAUUUUAGAUUUUGCUGACUAGAUGAGCUUCUCUUGUUUUUUUUAGUGAACUAGUUCAGCUUCUACCGUCUGCAGUUUCCUAAGUGAGGGAAGACUCACAUUCAUUUUACUGAUCUACUAAUUACAUAUUUGUUAGCUGGUUUUGUUGCUCUGAGCAUGUCCAAUGUCUCAUAAGGUCCUUUUUGAAUAAUUUGGCUAAAGUUACAUAACAGUGUUUAAGAUUUAUAAAUGUACAAGCUGUGUCUUGGGAUUUGAUUUGCCAAGUAGAAAAAGAACUAGUGAGGCAGAGACAAAGCAGUCUACAUUUCACUGCUUAUUAAGGACUGGGAUUAUGGGUGUUAAACAGAGUGAGAACCUUUUUUUCUCUCUUGAAGUAGUUCAUUCCUGAAGAAUGGCACUGAGUGACCUCCUUUACCCAGAAAACCCCAAGAGACGGCAAGAACUGAUCCAUCUGCACCGGGAAUUGCUUGACUGCAUGUCCAUGAAUUUCCAUGCAACAAAUGAGCUGGCUGGAGUUCUGAAUGCACACCUGGGGUGUACUAUCACCCACAUCAGGAUGAGAGAGAACAGCACUGUCAAAGAGAACUGUGAUAUUAUCAUUCAAGCGAUGCGUGAGAUUCAGUGUCAGCUACAGAAGAUUGAUAGUGACUUGAAAGAGAAACUGGAGCCUGUGCUGUAUCAGAAGCUGUAUGACAUCAAAGAGCCUGAACUGGAGAAAAUUGCAAUAGCCCAUAAAGUUUUUUCCAUUGUUCUUGGAGAAGUGACUUCAACAGCUGGGAUGGUAGCUAUCAAACUGCUUAGCUCCAACCUUAUCACUCUCACUGUCUGCAAACUCCUCAGCCUCCUUGCACAAAUCGGGGCAUCAGUUCUUGGGGGAAUCAGCAUCACUAUCCUUGGGCUCGGCAUCGAAAUGAUCCUCCAUGCCAUUCUGGGAGCUGUGGAGAGGAGUCAGCUGCUGGCAGCUGUGCUGAGCUAUGAGGAACACCUGGCUGAGUUUAAAGAAGCCUCAGAAAAAUACCAGCGUGCCAUACGUGAAGUGACUUCUUUGGUCAAAGACCAAGUUGAGUGAAUGGAAAGACAACACCUUAAAUAUGUGGCACCUUUCCUUCAGCUGUUUUCCGGAAUGUGUUGUAGAUGAAAUGCUAUUAGUACUGGUGACAAUAAUAUGCAUUGCUGGAGUGGAAGUGGUGAGAAGGUACAAUUUUUCUCUUCCAGAGUUUCUCUAUCAAAAUGACAUUAUAACGGGAGAAAAUUAUUUCAGCAAAAUAACCCAUAUCAUCACCUGGAGAAUUCACCAGGGCAACUGUCGUCAUUAAACUCUUAGUGUGGAUUUGUGCUAAAUCUGACAGGCUGAAUUCCCCAUUCAUAGAAGCACUUACAAGGACUAGCUGAAGGACGUGUAAUUCCUAUUUCCUGUGCCACUCCUGCCUGAGGAGCCAGACAGAUAUCUUUAUAUAAAUUCUAAUCCCAGAAGAUUAACAGAUAAGAAAAUCAUGGGCAUACCAGGCCCCACAGUUGGGAGAACCCAGCUGUAGUGCUCCUGGUGCAUCUAGCUGUGAGCAACAUCUUAUUAUCAGUAUUGCCCUGCUCCUGCCCACCCCUGGGUAGAUAUUUCUGUGCACACUUGCUGCUUUGUUGAUCAAAUGGCAUUAUAUGCUUACACAAGGAUUUGUAAGAUUACAGCCCUAUUAAUGUACUAAAUUUACUUUCAAGUGCUUUACGAGUCACCAGUAUGGGACUGCCAAGAAUACUCUGAUUCUACAUUUCACAACACGCCACCAAAUGGCCUUACUUUGCAGACUUUCCAAACAAAGCUAGAAGCAAGGGCGUGAUUUUCUGUCAAGCUCUGAUUUGCUGUGGUUUGCUUUUUUUUCUUUGAAAAAAAAAAUAUAUAUAUAUAUGUAAUUUAGGAAUUAAUAAAAACAUAUCUAAAGACUUUCA